AUGCCACGACAGCGAGUUGUGGUUGUAGGAGCUGGUAUAGCCGGUCUUACCACCGCAUUUUUAUUGUCGAAAGACCGGCAGUAUGAUAUCACAGUUGCCGCCAAACAUAUGCCUGGAGAUUAUGAUAUUGAAUAUUCAUCGCCUUGGGCCGGCGCAAAUUAUAUGCCGGUGUCCGUGGUUGACACAGAUGCGGCGGGUUGGGAGCGCGAUACCUGGUAUUUCCUGAACGAACUUACACAACAACACCCUGAGGCUGGAAUUCACUUUCAAAAGACCUACAUCCACAAUCGUUUGAAAGAUGUGGGGAGUGUCACUGCAAACUGGUUUUCCGGGCUUUUAUCCCCUGAUCCUUGGUGGAAAACACUGUUCCGCGAUUAUAGGCAAAUUCCCAAAGAUGAAUUAGCUCCAGGUGUCGACAAUGCCCAUUCAUUCACGUCGGUUUGUAUAAACACCGCCUUAUAUUUACCUUGGCUGGUAUCCCAAUGCUUGGCAAACGGCGUCAUUUUCAAACGUGCCCAUUUUCUGCACAUUACGGAUGCUGCCAGUUCCGACAUCCAUCAUAGUGGCUACGCUGCCAAUACUGUCAUCAACUGCACCGGCCUGGGUGCCCGUAAGCUAGGCGGAGUAUUAGAUGGACAGCUGUACCCAGCUAGAGGCCAGAUUGUCGUCGUAAGAAACGCUUGUCACGAGAUGUUUUCCGUUUCUGGUACCGAUGAUGGGCCAGACGAGGCCACCUAUGUCAUGGCGCGGGCAGCGGGAGGCGGAACCAUUCUAGGUGGAUGUUACCAAAAGGACAAUUGGGAAUCACAACCUGAUCCCAGCAUGGCUUUAAGGAUCAUGAAGAGAUGUGUGAAGGCUUGCCCACAGCUCACUAAUGGGCGAGGCAUUGAGUUUCUUGAUGUUGUUCGACAUGCUGUGGGGCUGAGGCCGGUUCGAGAAGGAGGUGCCCGUGUGGAUAAAGAAAACAUCGAUGGUAUUUGGGUGGUCCACAACUAUGGCCAUGGCGGAGCUGGCUACCAGUGUUCUUACGGCUGUGCUAAGGCAGCUGUGAAGCUAGUCCAUUCCGUCCGUCACCAGGAGAGGUCACACCUUUAA